AUGCGAUAUUUGAAAGCAACCAUGCAAAAACGGAGAGUGACAGUUCAUUUUGGAACUGUCCGGGUAGUUGUGCCUUGUCCGGAAGAUACACUUACUGUUAGAGAUUUAGCUAAUGCAUCUAUCCUGAGAUAUAAAAAAGCUACUGGAAAAACGGAUUCUGAUGUUCGCAUUAUACAUAUGGAAUGUCUCCGUGAUGCAGGCAUAUUAGACAUGGACGAUCGUUUAGUAGAUGUUUUUGAUGAAACCACAGACCAGAUUCUCGCAAUUUAUGACGAACAAUCUCCGAAUGGUAGCGGUGAACCCGGAAACACAUAUCAAGUUCUAUCUUCUCCCUAUGGCAACUAUUCCUCUCCCACUGGAUCAUCUCAUUCAAAUAACUUUCCUCCCAGUAGAAUGACUAGCUCUUCCUCCGUUACAACAUGCAAUAUAUCAUAUCCUCUAACACAUUCUUCAUCUAUGGAUAUGGGACCAAUACGAAGAGCUCUGCCGAAUGGUCGAUCUCAUUAUGUUCAUAUUGCUCAGGACCCUAACGAUAUGUCUGAAGUAGCAUCCAAUUAUCAACGUGUUUCACCACCUUGUGAAGUUAGGCCCGGAGUUUCAUCAUCCUCUUCGGGCAGCGAUGUUAUUUCUCCUCCUAUUCGUUCCUCUCUCCGUUCAGAAACAGCAACACCUAACAGGAAUCGAGUAACAAUGAGUCCAGAAGUUGAAAAAAGAAUAGCAGAGUCAUCAGACAGAGAUGGGCGACUCACUCGGUCCUCUGCUCGAAAAUCCAGGAUUAGUGAUACGUUUUUCGAAGCAAAGGAACGCAUGGAUGAGAUGCAACAGUCGACAAGUUCUAUCAAAUCGUUCACUAAUCCCUCAAGACCACCUCCAGUUCGGAGCCCUGAGGAUCCCGAUAAAACUAUCAUAAUUUUUCCUGAUGAUGAUGAAACCAGCAUGGGAAUUGAGGUUACGGGUGUGGAGGAUGACGCUACUGGUAACACUGAUCGAAUUGUGGCUGUUCAAAUUAUUCGUAUUCACGCUGAUGGUCGAGUAGGAAGAGAUGGGCGCCUUGUCGUAGGUGAUAACAUAGUUUCAAUUGACGGAAGACCUGUUUAUCAGAUGUCGGUCUUGCGAGCGCGAGGAUAUUUGUCUGAUCUUAAGAAAAAGCAUUCUCCCUCUCUCACUAUCGCUCGACCGAAAGAGCAGUUCCAAUGUGAAAAAGACGAACAGGAAAGAAAGCGUCAAGAGUUGGGUCAGAAAAAACCGAUUUUCUCUGCUCUACAGCAGGCUAAUACUUCUCAAGCAUUGGGGCAAAGCACAAUUAUCAACUUGAAGAAAAGUAACAACGGGUUUGGCUUUACAGUCACUGGUCGUGAAACGACAAAAGGAGAACGGUUAUUCUAUAUUGGAACCGUGAAACCAAAUGGUGUAGCGUUAGGUUAUUUGAAAACGGGAGAUCGUCUACUACAGAUUAAUGGCGAACAAACAUGCGAGUUAACACAAAAUGAAGUUGUCGAUCGUCUGAAGAGAGCGAGUGUUGGUCAAUCAGUCGAGUUUGUGGUCUCUCGUGUAACCGAUGAAAACAAGGAGAAUCAACAAUCAACACCUUCUGCUAAUUCGAGUACGAUUCAGAAAUACUCUCCUGAACCAGUUUCUCCGAGUCCUUCUAAAAAAUCUAAUUCUGAUGUAGACGAGCUAAAGUUCGAGAUUCCAUUGAAUAGUACAGGGAGUGCAGGCCUAGGUGUGAGCUUGAAAGCUCGUGUCACUGUGAAAAGUGACAAGACUCGGCAUGAUUGCGGAAUUUUCAUUAAAAAUGUUUUGCAUAAUGGUGCGGCUUUCAAAGAUAGUAGAUUACGGGUAGAUGAUCGCAUAAUAGGGAUAGAAGAGUUGAACCUUAUCGGAAUGUCUAAUACCUCCGCAGGUGAAGCUGUUACUAAGCGAUUGAAGUCGAUUGAUCCUACCGCUAAAAGCGUAACUUUGAUUGUCCAACGGAAAAUACCUCUGGGUAGCGAUGAUAUAAUGAUCUCUUCCUCUCAUAGAGAGAGUUGCUCUUCGGAUGGCGAUAAACGGUCAUCUACAGCAAGUGAACAACCCAGAUUGGACGAAUCUGAGGUACAAUCAGUUGAUCCAUUCGAUCGUGAGGCUCCUACGAGGAAAAGUAUGAGUGAGAAAAGAGGAAUGGGGGCAUCUUUAGAUCCUAACAAUCUUAAACUAUUCCAAGAAAUCAAACACCAAAGACAGUCGAGUGCUCCUCCCCCUACGCUCACCUCUUCCUCAUCUUUCCAUGGUCAUGCACAGCAACGAUCUGCUUCUCAAAGAGCAGCAGCUCGUGCUCGCAGCCAAUCUGUGCAUCCUCGCGAUGCCAACGCCUCUAAGUCUGCUUCUAGACCUCAUGUUUCCAUCAAAGAGCCAGCCAAGAGAAGAUCCCUAAGCGUUGAAAGUAUACGUGCAGGACCGCAUGGAGAUGUAAAAAAUGGACAACUUUCUCAAGGAAGACCAGGAGAAUUCAAUGACUUCUACGCAACUUCACCUCAUCCUUAUCCCCCAGGGUCACCAGGUAUAGUCAUGGAUAGACAGUAUGCUGUCAACAAAGAUCGUCAUCGACGAAAGUCUGUUGGAAGCACAAUGAAAAGUUGGUUCGGUUUCGGAUCCAAAUCCAGAGAAUCAUCCCCUGAGAAAACGCUAGAUGCGGAACGACGACAAAAGGCUAGAGAAGCAUUUACUAGGGGAAGAGAUAAUGUUGCCGAAACAGAGGGGCUGAUGAAUAGAUCAUAUGGAACUCCAAAUAUGAGUAGAAGAGAUCCUCAGAUGUAUUCUAUGUAUGCCAAUGAACCUUACCAGUUACCAUCCCCGGACAAGCCUUUGAUUGUUUCUAAUUCUCGAUUCUUCACAAAUUGGGCUAGAACUCCUCAAACUAUCAUGACUACGAACUCGUCGACCGAUUCCAAGCCCACCGUUACCCAGACGGUCCCUCUGUCGUACGAUCCUCCGCCCAUCCCGCCACGCCCCCACCGGCCUAUCACUACGCUAUUCCCAGUUCGAAGUCGUACCACGGAACCACCUCUGUCGCCAGCCCAAUUCAUCCCGGCUUCGGUAGUGAAAGAACACCAGUUAACCGACGAGCACCAGCACCGGACUACUACCACAUGUUCAACUCAUGGUUCGCGUACAGUGGAGGUGGUGGAGUCGGGGCAGCCCCCUCAAUUAAGGCCGCGUAUGGCAAUUCCAAUAGACCGUCAAUCAACCGGCCGGAAGGCUCCACUUCCAGAUCCUGGGCAAGACAGAUUACUCCCAACCCCAAUAUAUACUCAUCACCCACAGAGCCAUCACAACUCUAUUCGCGCUUUUCCAACUACUAGGUACGCGUAUACUCCUACAGAUGCCUAUAGUUACUCACAACCUCCCGAACGACUCUCUUUAAGAGCUCGAAAAAAAUUGAGAAGGUCUGCUCGUACGGAUACGUUUGAUUCAACGUUUCCUGAAGAGCCCAUUUAUUCUCAAGACAAACUCGUUCGUGAAAUACCACAAUCUCCCGUUAUCCAAAAACGACACGUAGUUAAGCAAGCCCGAGAUUAUCGUAACAGCAUGUUCCUCUCGACAGAUAAUCAAAAGUUCGUGAACACUUUUAACGCCUGGAAUUCUCAAACAGGUGCAAGUUUGCCAUCUCGCGGUCCUCGUGCUAUGCGUGGAAGGGUAGAUAACAUGUUCGAGUCUGUUACAGAUUGUUAA